CAUUCCAGUUCUGAAGAAUGGAUGACGACACGAAACUUGGAACACUGAGUGAGUGACGCUGUCACCAUGGUAACAUAAGAAGCCGCUAUAAAUAAAUAAAUAAAUAAAUAAAUAAAUAAAGGUGAAGAGCCGAAAUAGAUUCACAGAGUUUAAGUGUUGACUUGAACUUUCUAACUGACAGGCUGAUUAACAGAGUUUUGUGCUACAAUGCAGCGUUUAAUGAUAUUAGCUCGCUCUCAGACAGCAGGUCGACGACUGCGCCCCCUGCUGUAUGCGGCAGUCACGGUCGCAGGAAUAUAUUAUUAUUUUAAGAAGUUUGGCGAUGGGGAGAGAACAGCGGAGUGUGCAGACACAACUCUCACCGAGGACCCAGUACAGACCCAGCUCUCUGCAGUAGAUGUUUCUUUGCUGGAUCCAGGCUUGAUGUCUGAUGUGGAUGGAGUCAGUGACACACAGAAUGACAGCGAUGUCCCUCAGGAGUCUCUGAGUGCGGCUGAGGAGAAGAAUCAGAAGGUGGAGGUGUCCAGUGCUCCAGUAGACAGCAAGAGGUCCAACCUGGAGGACAGAUUGAGGGAGCUGGAGGAACUGCUCUGUGAGGCACACAGAGAGUGUGAGAGAAAAAACAAGGAGUGUAAGCGGGAACAGGAGGCUCACAGUGUCCUGACUUCGCAGUGUAAUAAUAUGAAGGAUCAUGAGCGAAUGAGGGAGGCUUACAACAUCCUAAAGUCACAGUACGAAGAGGAGUUAAAAUGGCAUGAUGAGUCUCUAAUGGAGUGUAAGUGGGAAGAGGAGGCUCACAGUGUACUGACGUCGCAGUGUAAUAAUAUGAAGGAGUCUCUGAGUGAGGCUGAGGAGAAGAAUCAGAAAGUGGAGGUGUCCAGUGCUCCGGUAGACAGCAAGAGGUCCAACCUGGAGGACAGAUUGAGGGAGCUGGAGGAACUGCUCUGUGAGGCACACAGAGAGUGUGAGAGAAAAAACAAGGAGUGUAAGCGGGAACAGGAGGCUCACAGUGUCCUGACUUCGCAGUGUAAUAAUAUGAAGGAGUGUGAGGGACAGCAGGAAGCUCACAGUGUCCUGAAGUCACAACAUGAGAUGAUUUUAACACACACCAAAGAGUCACUAAAGGUUUCUCUGGCUGUAGCUGAGAGGAAAUGUGAGCAGGUGUUUGAGUUCAACGCUCAGCUGGAGAAAGAGAAGUCGGAACUGAUGUACCGUGUACACAAACUGGGACGCAAAGUGGGGAAACUGGAGGAAAUGCUAUAUGAUGCAGACAUGACGUGUGGUGCAAUAAAGCAGGAUCAUGAGCGAAUGAAGGAGGCUUACAACAUCCUAAAGUCACAGUACGAAGAGGAGUUAAAAUGGCAUGAUGAGUCUCUAAUGGAGCGUGAGCGAGAGAGGAACACUCACAAUAUCCUGAGGUCAGAGUGUAAUCAAAUGAAGGUGUCUCUGGCUGAAGCUGUGGAGAAAUACAAGCAGGCGAUAGAGUGUAAUGCUCAGCUAGAGAAUAAGAACUCUGACCUGAUGUACCAGGUGAACACGCUGCAAGGCUCAGUGCAGCAGCUCAAGGUCGAGCUCUCUCAGACAUACAGGAAGUGUGACAUGAUAACAGUGGAGUCUCUGAGUGAGGCUGAGGAGAAGAAUCAGAAAGUGGAGGUGUCCAGUGCUCCGGUAGACAGCAAGAGGUCCAACCUGGAGGACAGAUUGAGGGAGCUGGAGGAACUGCUCUGUGAGGCACACAGAGAGUGUGAGAGAAAAAACAAGGAGUGUAAGCGGGAACAGGAGGCUCACAGUGUCCUGACUUCGCAGUGUAAUAAUAUGAAGGAGUGUGAGGGACAGCAGGAAGCUCACAGUGUCCUGAAGUCACAACAUGAGAUGAUUUUAACACACACCAAAGAGUCACUAAAGGUUUCUCUGGCUGUAGCUGAGAGGAAAUGUGAGCAGGUGUUUGAGUUCAACGCUCAGCUGGAGAAAGAGAAGUCGGAACUGAUGUACCGUGUACACAAACUGGGACGCAAAGUGGGGAAACUGGAGGAAAUGCUAUAUGAUGCAGACAUGACGUGUGGUGCAAUAAAGCAGGAUCAUGAGCGAAUGAAGGAGGCUUACAACAUCCUAAAGUCACAGUACGAAGAGGAGUUAAAAUGGCAUGAUGAGUCUCUAAUGGAGCGUGAGCGAGAGAGGAACACUCACAAUAUCCUGAGGUCAGAGUGUAAUCAAAUGAAGGUCUCUCUGGCUGAAGCUGUGGAGAAAUACAAGCAGGCGAUAGAGUGUAAUGCUCAGCUAGAGAAUAAGAACUCUGACCUGAUGUACCAGGUGAACACGCUGCAAGGCUCAGUGCAGCAGCUCAAGGUCGAGCUCUCUCAGACAUACAGGAAGUGUGACAUGAUAACAGUGGAGUGUGAACAAGAGCAGGAGAUUUACCGUAUGCUGCUGUCACAGAAUGAUGAGUUGAAGAAGUUGUUAAAUCAUAAUGAGGAGUUACAAAAGGUCACUCUGGCUGAAGCAGAGAAGAAAUAUGAGCAGUCAAUGGAAUCUAUUGCUCAGCUGGAGAAAGAAAAAUCGGUCCUGAUGUACCAACUACACACAAUGGGAGGCUCAGUGCAGCUGCUGGAGCAAACGUAGUAUGAAAAAGCAGAGAACCAUCACACAGCUGUUGGAUUGGAGGAGCCUGCAUGUCUGUGAACCCAAAUAACUUCCAUGGCACGAGGCAGUUCCCCAACAUUAGCUGAAUAACAUGAAAUCUUAUACAGUGGGGGAAAUAAGUAUUGAACGCGCCACCAUUUUUGGACACCUUCCUCUCUUCUUAACUGGACUGUAAACCCAAACUACCUCCCAAACAGUGAAGUGACAUCCUCGAGCAUGCAGGUCAUAAGCCCUUUUCUGUCUCAACUAUGGCUGCAACUAACGAUUAUUUUCAAAAAUCGAUUAGUUGGCCGAUUAUUUUUUGUCCCCCAAUUAAUCGGAUGGGGCAGGGCAAACUUUCAGUACACUUUUUUUGUUUGUUUGUUUAUUUAAAAUAAAAUCCACAAACCGAGUGUUACAAAUAUAAACUUCAGACUAAAACUUUACACAACUGUUUGCCCAAAACAGAAAAGAACCCAAUACACACACACACACACACACACACCAGAAUAUAUAUUAUUAAUUUAGGACUGUAGUUUGAUUUGGUGCUUUUUGUGCAUCCAUAAAAAAUAAUGCAUAAAUAGGCUAGGCUAUAAGAAGAUUGCCAAGACCCUGACAGUGAGCUGCAGCACGGUGGCCAAGACCAUACAGUGGUUUAACAGGACAGGUUCCAGUCAGAACAGGCCUCGCCAUGGUCCACCAAAGAAGUCGAGUGCACGUGCUCAGCGUCAUAUCCAGAGGUUGUCUUUGGGAAAUAGACGUAUGAGUGCUGCCAGCAUUGCUGCAGAGGUUGAAGGGGUGGGGGAUCAGCCUGUCAGUCCUCAGACCAUACGCCGCACACUGCAUCAAAUUGGUCUGCAUGGCUGUCGUCCCAGAAGGAAGCCUCUUCUAAAGAUGAUGCACAAGAAAGCCCGCAAACAGUUUGCUGAAGACAAGCAGACUAAGGACAUGGAUUACUGGAACCAUGUCCUGUGGUCUGAUGAGACCAAGAUAAACUUAUUUGGUUCAGAUGGUGUCAAGCGUGUGUGGCAGCAACCAGGUGAGGGGUACGAAGACAAGUGUGUCUUGCCUACAGUCAAGCAUGGUGGUGGGAGUGUCAUGGUCUGUGGCUGCAUGAGUGCUGCCGGCACUGGGGAGCUACGGUGCAUUGAGGGAACCAUGAAUGCCAACAUGUACUGUGACAUACUGAAGCAGAGCAUGAUCCCCUCCCUUCGGAGACUGGGCCGCAGGGCAGUAUUCCCGCAUGAUAACGACCCCAAACACACCUCCAAGAUGACCACCGCCUUGCUAAAGAAGCUGAGGGUGAAAGUGAUGGACUGGCCGAGCAUGUCUCUAGACCUAAACCCUAUCUGUGGGGCAUCCUCAAACGGAAGGUGGAGGAGCACAAGGUCUCUAACAUCCACCAGCUCCGUGCUGUGGUCAUGGAGGAGUGGAAGAGGACUCCAGUGGCAACCUGUGAAGCUCUGGUGAACUCCAUGCCCAAGAGGGUUAAGGCAGUGCUGGAAAAUAAUGGUGGCCACACAAAAUAUUGGCACUUUGGGCCCAAUUUGGACAUUUUCACUUAGGGGUGUACUCACUUUAAGUUUAUUUAUUUUAUUCAUUUAUUUUAGUUUACAUUGUAUAUAACUAUUUAUGCAUUAUUUUUUAUGGAUGCACAAAAAGCACAGAAUUAAUUUACAGUCCUAAAUUAAUAAUAAAAACUCCCUUUCACUGCACCUUGUGAUUUCUGUUACUCACUGUCUUUAGACAUAUUAUUUUACUUGUUUACUUUUGAUCAUAGUGUUUUAAUUAGACAUUACAGAUCUGCGUCUACGCUGCGCAUGACCAGCAAUGCGGCCUCGUUACUAACACAUCACUUCCGUUAUAAUAAACAACAGAAUUUACACUAAGCAAGCGUGCACAUGCAGCAUAUGUGAUGAUUUCACCUCCGUCUGAUGGAGACUGAGGUCAUGUUGGGAAUAAAAGUUAAUGCUGACAGAAAGUAAGUCAUUGACCGUGAAUCUAGGUGUCUGCUAAUGCUAACGGGUGUAUGACAUCAUGCGCCAUCGCCUAGAAGCAGCUUAUAGUUCCGGUUAGUUAAAAAAAAAAAAAAACCGCUAGUGAUAUAUUUGAGAUGAGAUUACCUUUCUAAAAUCCACACACUAGACCAGGGGUGUCAAACUCAUUUUAGUUCAGGGGCCACAUACAGCCUAAUUAGAUGUCAAGUGGGCUGGGCCAGUAAAGUCAUAGCAUAAUUACCUUUAAAUAACAAUAAGUCCAUGUUUUUCCCUUUGUUUUUGUGCAAAGAAGUACAAGUACAUUAAGGAAAUCUUCAUAUUUAAUGAAAUAUCCUUUUACAAAAUAUAUCAUGAACAACCUCAGAUUUCUUAAGACAAACGUGCAAUUUGCUUCUGAUUAUCAUUUACAUGUGUGCAUUACAACUGGUCACAGUGUUUGUACAAAUGCAAAAAACUUAAAGUCACAGGUAUUUGGAACUGAAAAAUAUAGUAUUGCACUUUAAAAUUUAUGGCAUUGCAUGAACAAUAGGAUUCCACCAAACCAAACUCUUUUGUAGUGAAGCUGUUGACUAACAUUAAAUUGUACAUUUUUUAACUGUUACUACAGCAAGGAUUCACUUUCACCGAUUUUAUCGAUUAGUUUUUGCAGCUCUAGUCGCAACCCUGCACCCAUCAACUGCCUCCUGGCAUAUGCAUAAGCUGAGUCCAUAUGGUCCUGGAGCUGUAUAGCAUAUUUGGGCCCUCCAGGAACCAAGGGGGCACCUGGGGACUGUCCAAAGGCCAGUUCUGAGGGGGUUCUGAUUUCCCUUCCAAUCAUGAGCAGGGCUGGUGUGCAUGAGGUGGAGUCCUGAAUUGUGAAGUGACAUGCCAUUAAGACUAAUGGAAGAUGGGAGUCCCAGUCAUGCUGAUGAGUGGAUGUCAAGAUGGGUAACUGCUCAGCUAGUGUCUUAUUAAAUUGCUCCACUAGCCCAUCACUUUGGGGGUGGAGUGGGGUGGUGCAGGUCUUAUUGAUUCCCCCCUGGUCACUAUGGAUACUCUGAGAGUCUCUAAACCUAUUAAACAUGCCCUGCUCAUGAUUGGAAGGGAAAUCAGAACCCCCGCAGAACUGGCCUUUGGUCAUUCCCCAGGUGCCCCCUUUUUUCCUGGAGGCCUGAGAGUAGUGCAUUGCAGUAGUCCAGUUUUGAUAUGACAAGAGCCUGGACUAGUAGCUGUGUAGCCUGUUCGGUCUGAUUUUCUUGAUGUUGUACGGAAUGAACCUACAGGAUCAUGCAGUUGUUGAAAUGUGGUCUGAAAAGGUCAAGCUGUCGUUCAAGAAUCACCCCAAGGUUCCUGGCUGUCCUGGUUGGAUUGAGUGUGGUUGAGCCGAGCUGUACAGUGAAGUUGUGGUUGAUUGAGGGGCAGGCUGGAAUGAUGAGAAACUCAGAUUUUGCCAGGUUGAGCUUAAGGUGGUGUUCCCUCAUCCAGAUUGAGAUGUCAGACCGGAAGCAGAUAUUUGUGCAGAGACAGAUUGAUCAUCAGGCUGGAAGGACAAAUAGAGCUGGAUGUCAUCAGCAUAGCAAUGGUAUGAGAAGCCAUGAGACUCAAUCUCCUGCCCCAGAGAUGUAGAGUAGAUAGAAAAGAGCAGUAGACCCAGAAUUGACCCCUGAGGAACCCCAGUUGUGAGUUGCUGAGUUUCAGAAGCCCCUCCCCUCCACAAUACCUUGAGGGAUCUUUCUGAGAGAUAGGAUUCAAUCCAGCGCAGAGCCGUUCCGGUGAUUCCUAGGCUGGAGAGAGUUGACAGGAGGAUCUGAUGAUUCACAGUGUCGAAUGCAGCAGAGAGGUCGAGUAGAAUGAGGACAGAUGAUCUACAGGUUGCUCUUGCUAGUCGUAAGGCUUCAGUGACGGAAAGCAGAGCAGUCUCCGUGGAGUUAUUGCUUUUGAAGCCAGACUGCUUGGUGUCCAGGAGGUUGUUCUGUGUGAGAAAAAUGGAGAAUUGAUUAAAAACAGCUCUUUCGAGGAUUUUGGAAAGAAAAGGGAGGAGGGAAACAGGUCUGUAGUUGUCAACCACAGCAGGGUUAAGUGAUGGUUUUUUAAGCAGUGGGGUAAACCGGGCAUGCUUAAAUGCGGUAGGGUAUGUGCCAGUAGAGAGGGAUGUGUUAAAGAUGUGUGUGAGUGCAGGUAAUAGUGUGGGAGAGAUGUACUGAAGAAGGUGAGAAGGGAUAGGGUCAAGAGGACAGGUUGUGGGACGGCUAGAGAGGAGGAGUUUUGAGACAUCAGUCACUGAGAGAGGAGAGAAGGAGGCCAGUUGGGAGUUACAUGGAGGAGGUCUAUGCAUGUCUGGGGUUGAGAACUGGUUCCUGAUUGAUGUAACCUUGUUGGAAAAGAAAUUGGCAAAGUCAUCAGUGAGAGAGGUAGGGGAAGGGGGAGGAGGGGGACAGAGAAGAGAAGAAAAGGUUUUGAAGCAAGUACGGGUGUUCGGAGAGCUGCCAAUCUUCUCUUGGUAGUAUGUGGCUUUAUCAGUGGAGAUGCUAUGGGAAAAAGAGGAGAGACGUGUUUGGGAAUUGGUUAGGUCAGUCGGAUCAUUAGAUUUACACCAUUUUCUUUCAGCUGCUCUUAGUUUGGCCCGAUUGUUAAGCGGAGCUUCUGAGAGCCAAGGGCUAGGGGGUGAUGUGCGAGUGGAUCUGGAGGUUAGGGGGCUGAUGCUGUCAACAGAAGAUAGAUUGGAACAUAUUGGAACAUUGUAACAUUGGAAGUUAGAGUGGAACAUAGCAUGUCAGUUGCAGUGUUUAAGUCCAGUGAGGAGAGGUGGCUAUCAGAGGGAAGUGAGGUUGUAACAAUGGAGAAGUGUGAGGGGGGAAAGGGAGCGAAGAGUGCGACGAAAUGAGAUAGAUGGUGGAGACAGUGAGGGGAGAGAAAUAGAAAAUUGGAUAAAGAAAUGGUCAGAGGUGUGGAGAGGAGUAAUGAGAAGAUUGUGUGUGGUGCAGUUACGUGUGAGGAUUAGGUCAAGCUGUUUGCCGGCUUUGUGAGUUGCUGGUGUGGUGAACUGCUUAAGGUCAAAUGUGGGAAGGAGAGCAAGAAAGUCAGCUGCAUGUGGCUUGUCUAGGUGAAUGUUGAAGUCACCGAGAAUCACAAGAGGAGUUCCAUCAUCCGGGAUAGUGGACAGUGGCAUGUCCACUGCAUGUAAAUUUCCAUGUUUUGGAGAGAAGCAAAACAGUUCCUAGCGUAUAUGUAAAAAGUGAAGCAUACGUUCUACUUUAGACUGCCCUUGAAGCCAUUUGUGUUUUGUAAAAAGAUGACAACACCUGUGGAAGUCCUCCACAUCACACCUCAGCUGUCUCCAGACGCUGAAGUGUCACUGUCACCCCCAAAAUACCGGAGCCUACAGAGCCAUACAAAGCCUUCAGUACCACAUCCUGCAUAUCGCCGGGAUCACAACUUGCCAUCUCCUCUCCCCUGUGGCGGGCUCCAUGCAUGCUCUCUGGUGGACCCCCUCUAGCAACUGCAGACUCUUGAAUUUGGCCUACAGUCCUUUGGGGAAUGGUGAAAGGACUGUUAUUUCCACCCACUGUACAUCCACCCAGAGCAUCGCAGGCUGCAAGUCUGGGUCCUGUCUCUGUUUCUCUGCCCACUCAGUGACCUCCACCUCCAGUAGCACAUUGGCUUAGGGCCAUAGCUCACCCCCGCCCCGGCUCAGUUCCUGCUCACUGCAUGGGCGACAAGACAGGGCAUCUGCAUUACCGUGUCGUUCCCCUGUGCGGUGUGCCACCAUGAACUCUUCAGUUCCUCGAGUCAACGAGCCACCUGGCCCUCUCGUUCCUAGAACGUCAUCAGCCACUGCAAUGAGCAUGGUCAGAGCAUAUGGUGAAAUGCUGGCCGCACAGGUAGUAUUUGAAAUGCUGGAUGGCAGAGAUUGCAGCCAACAACUCUCACUGAGUACCUCCAUUCAGCCUUGCUUAGCCUUUUGCUGAAAUAAGCUUUCACUCCCUCUGGCCACACUUGGGACAGGACUGCACAUACCCCCUCUCUGCUUGCAUCUGUAUCCAACACAAAGGGUAGGAGGGGGUCAGGAGGUGCCAGAAUGGUGCACUCACCAGGGUUUGUUGCCAAGUGCUUUUAGCAUUCUAUUUGACCCCUUCAUGAUUUAUUUUACCUCUUUAUGUCCAAUUGGUAAUCACUGCUUUUCACUGGUGGGCUCGGAAGGGUUUUCACAACGUGGAUGGAGGAGGCAAUUGACCCGUUUAACAGCUGUAGUGAGCUUAGAUAGCGAUUAGCUGAGCACAGACAUACAGGAGGCCAGUUAAGUGUCAAACGUGGAGAGUUUUAAUCAAUACUGUGCGCUUGAGAGUAGAAAAGAGGUGCAGUGGGGUGAAGUGCUCAGGGGUUGGUGUUGCCCUCGGGUCUGCAGCGGGCGUGCUGGGGUCUUCCAGAGUGGCCGAGAUCCCAUUCGGCGGUCAGGGAGCUCUGUGGCUGUAGCCAGGGAGCAAAGUCUUCUGUUGUGUCUGAAUCCUCUAGAAGAAACACAAAACAUAGCAUUAGUCGCGUUUCAGGAACCCUCUCCUCUUUUGCUAUAGGAGGUUGGCCCUUUUAAUGCUCCCGCCGGUUACUAGACGGUGGAGAGUGGCCAUGCUGAUAAUUAGCCGCCAGCCAUGUGUGUGUCUGUGGCCCCGCCUUGCAGUCAAACGCUCUCCAAAACACUGGUGGUUCUGAAGCGGAGCUGUCCUUUCAGCACCAUAGCGGCAGUCAUGGGAGGAGUGUUCUUUCUCUUUUGUGCGCUGGCCUGUCGUCACACAGCCCAUCCAACAGAACUGAUAACAGGAUCUUGGGUGAUUGUUAGAAACCCGGGAGCUGAAAGAACAGUCCAGGAACGCAGGACAAACUGCAUAGGACUGCACAGGGCCAACCAGACGUAAUGCUGUGCAUUAACCAGUCUGGCACAGAGUUUCCCAAACUCUCAAGCCAUGUAUCCUGCUGUUAGAAGCGAGGCCUCUAUGGAGGAGCCAGUUUGUACUAUUUUGAGUAGCUUCUGGCCUAUUAGCGCUGAUAGCUCUGGUUGUGUUAGGGGACAGUUGAGGGGAGCACCACUCCAACAGUGGAGCCGCAAGAGACCAUACUUGCACACAUUUAUGUUGGGUUCUUACAGUAAGUACUACAUCAUUGUUGUCAUAUAACUUUGCAGAAAAAGUCUCACCAUAGGCACAUAUCCAGAAAUAUCCAGGAAUAUCCAGGUGUAUCACUGCCUCAGUGGUUAGGAGGGAUGAAACAGAAUGACUGUCACGAUCUCCCCUUUAGACAUCGCUGCAGCUUGCAGCGCGCUUGGAGAGCCAGAGUGCGCGAGUGCUCAGUGAGCGCAUGCUCUUCGAAUGUUGACAAAAUUUUGAGUUGUGGUGACUAGCUUUAUCUCUCAAACUACCUCUACCCCAAUACCACAUAGUCCUAAAUUGUGUAUACUAAGCAUUUACCCAGACAGCUGUUCUCUCUCUAUUAGUGAAAGGAAAAUGACCUAUAUCUACUACAAGCUAGAUACUCGAUUGCCCUGUGUUGGAAGAAUGUUAGUUGCCCCUACAUUGGACACUGGUUGAAAAACUUAAUAUCAAGUUUGGUUCUUGAGAAACUCAUAUAUGCAGUGAGGGAGAAAGUUUCUGGAUUUUACAUCCGUGAGUUGUCUUUGGAAUUUGUUAAAAAAAAAAAAAAAUGGUGACAUUGAAGAGGCUUUGUGUGAAGUUAUGGUGUAAUUGACUAAUCUAUGGUUAAGAACAAAAGUGCCAUAUGCUGCCAUGUGGUUCUAAUUGUAAAUUUAUUUAUUUAUAUGUUUAUUUAUUUAUUAUUUAUUUUAGUAUGUUUAUUUUUAUUUCAUACACUACCAUUUGUUUGUUUUGGGGAAAAGUUCAGUUGCAUGUACGCAAUUUGUUAAAUGCGUAAAACCAAUAAAGAUAUUGUCAGGUUAGAGCCAUAGAGGCGCCGAACCAUGGUACCCAUCAGCCACUGCAUGUCACCUUGUCCAUGCACACCUGUUUAGUGUUUCACAUUAAUUAGCUAUUUAAGUUCUAGUUUUUCUGUAUGUCUUCGUCAAGCUUCUGUUGCCGUUCAUGAAGUGUCUGGUUUUGCCUUGCCGCCCAUAGUUUAGACCAUAGUCUGUAUGUUUUUGUUGUUUUGUGUUUCCUCACUGUGUUUGCUGUUUAUUUUGCAUGAUUCACAAUAAAAGGUCCACACUUGCA